AUGAAUCAGCAAUUCACUGCUAAUAGCAGCCAAACUCAGAGCCGUCUUGCAAAUCCAACAACGUACCAUAUGCAGCAAAUGAGAUAUAAAGACUCGUCUACAAUGGGCAUUGAUCCAUCACAUAUGCUUGAUAAUGCGCAUCUGAUGUUUACCCAUCAGCAGCAUCAAAACCAACAGCAGCAAGAUUCUCCAAAUCUGUCUGAUCUGGAUUACUCUGAGCUAGCCAAUUCACCCAAUAACCAUGGCGAUUACCAGCCUCGGCCCACAUCCUCGUUGUACCGUCAAAGCGGAAGUGAUAGCUACAUGUUUGAUGAAACAACUAUCAAACAGCAGCAAAAUCAUCAUCAACAUCAGCAGCAGCAAACAAAUUUUGGCGGGUAUGCCGUACAAAUGAAACGAUCUACAACCGAGAUAGAUGCCUCAGCCAUUGGUGGUUUAGCUGGAUAUGGUCCACAUCAUAAUAAUUACUAUCCAAUUUCUACAUUUGAUCACGAUAAUGGUAAUAAUGAAGGUCGGUUGACUAAACAAGUAGCUGGUAGUGCUCCUUCCAACAUGGGCUUUCAUGGCUAUUCCUCUUUUGCUGGCUCAGAUGACAUGAUCUCCGUAGCAACAUCACAGCAAUCUUCCAACGUGAUUCCUCCGAGUAACACUGAUAUGAUGGAUGAUCCUAAUUACAAUCCAGAAGACUACUCCACCCAAGCAAAUAUGCAAGCUAUUAUGGAAAAGAGACGUAGAAGAAGAGAAUCUCACAAUGCAGUCGAAAGAAGAAGACGAGACAAUAUCAAUGAUAGAAUCCAAGAAUUAGGAACACUGCUACCUGAUGCCCUUGACGAUGGUGUAAAUCGAAUGAACAAAGAAUGGACAGACCAUGCCUUGUUAACCAAGACAUACACUACCGGCAUGACUAACUGUGGUAAAGGUGUUUGGCGGGCCAACCCCUUUCUUGCGAAGAACCCUAUCUACGUCAACAAAUUAAACACUGCUAUCUCUAACCACGUUGAAGCCAAAUUAGAUUCUAACCUAUCUGCUCAAGAAAAAUGGGACCUGAUUAAGAAGAAAACUAAGCAAGUUACUCAAAGCUUCAGCCGCGCUCACUGUUCAUGGAGGAAAGCUAAAAUCAAGAAGCUACAGAGUGAGAGGAACAAUUUGCUACGUAGGUACCGGGAUGACUCCGUCUGUCUUAAUCUUUUGCUUUCUCUUGUCGAAAAGGAGCUAUCCAAACUCCAACAAGAGAUAGUUGACGUCCAACGACUGAGAGCAGGACAGAGAUGGCACGAGAAGAGUGGAAAGUCUCCAGGUUACAUCAAGCAAACAUUAGCGGAAAAGGCAUCCAAGCGAACAAUCUCUAGCCUAAAGCAUCCUACUUCCGGGGAACAAUGCUGGGAAACUAGUACUAAACUUGAUGCUGCCAAAAUCUUUUACCAAGACCUAUACACCGAGGAAGAAACUGAUCUCAAUUGUGUGGAAAGAAUGCUACAAUAUAUCGACAAAACAAUUCCAGCUGAGGACUCACAGGACAUCAUUGAAGACAUACCUUACGAAAAUAUCAUUCAAGGAUCUCGAAGAACGCCAAAUGGUAGUAGCCCGGGCCUGGAUGUUAUAUGUUACGAAAUUUUGCACCUUCUAGUUAUCAACCCAAGCUGUGAAGCAAUUAUCCUGCAAGUGUUCAGCGAUGCUUUAUCACUAGGCAAAUUCCCAAAAUCCUGGCAGGAAUUAUGUAUUGUGCUGCCACCAAUGAAAGGGGAUAUGACUGACCUUGGCAACUACCGUCCAAUAACCCUAAUAGCCUCUGAUUGCAAAGUGCUUACCAGACUACUUAACUCACGAGUUAAAGAUGUAGCAAGUGACCUUAUAGGCCCCCACCAAAGUGGUUUCCUGAGAGGUAGAUACAUUGGAGACCAUGGGAUGUCAUUGAAAGUGAUUGUAGACAAUGCACGUGAAGCAAGAUGGAACAAUUCUGAAGAAUUUGUCGAAUGUGCUGGGAUUAUGCUGGACAACGCCAAAGCGUACGAUAAGGUACAUCCCCAGUAUAUAUUCAAGGUCCUAGUGAAGUUUGGUUUUCCAAAACAGUUUGUCCAAUGCAUCUGCAAGUUAUUCUUCGACAACUCAAUUUACGUGAAUGUCAAUGGCUUUUUAACAGAUCCUAUCAAGCAAAGACGCGGCAUCAGACAAGGAGACAGUAUAUCAUCAAUGCUGUUCAACUUGGCUAUUGAACCAUUUCUGCUAUCUGUGACCAAAAGUACAACUAUCUCGGGGUAUAGUCUCCAGCACGUCAAGCCUAUAAGCAAGAGAACAAACAGUUGGGUGGCUCCUCCUCCAUUGAAAGCCUCGAGCUCCAAGAUCAACUACGACAAGUCCGUGGCCUUCCCUCUUCAUGGUGGAAGAAUGACAAGCCAAACUGGUGGCCUAAUUCAAGAUCAUGCAACAAACAAUCUCAAAAUCAAAUGGUAUGAUUCUACGUCUACAGAAUUUAUAAAAUACCUAGGUUAUCCAAUUUGGCUCUGCAAUCAACAGAGAGACGUAUACAUUGCUAAACUGCUGGGUGAUAUUAUUACUGCUGUUGAAAGGUUUGCAGCACGGCAAGUCUCACUGCACGGCAGAGCGAAUAUUGCCAACACUAUGAUAUUGUCCAAACUAUGGCAUGUCAUUCGGAUCGUUUCCCUGCCCAAAGACACAAUCAAGAAGAUAACCUCAAUCAUUUAUCAGUUUGUAAUGUCUGGCUUGUAUCCACCUCUAAAGGGCAACUCUCUCUUCCUACCAAGGUAUCAAGGCGGUUUAGGACUGAUUGAUAUAAUGGCGCAACAAAAGGUUCUGCAAUUCAAAUAUCUGAACGCUUUGCUAACAGAAAACAGCAACAACAUACCUGGUCUCACUUAUAGGUUACUAGUGGAUUAUUUGAAGAUGUCUCACGACUCACCAUCGCACAUAGUCCCUAUACUGUUCAAAACGGCUAGAUACAAAAACCAGUUAAGAGGCUUUCACCCUUAUUACAUGAUGUUCGAGGCAAUAGAUACUUGUAUGAAGCACUCUCCACUCUCACUCGCUUGGUCUGUCAAACCAAAUAUCAUGACACUCUUGUCAUUGCCAGUGCUGGAAAUUCUUGAUUUUGACAAUGAGGAAGUAGCUAUGGGAUAUACAAGCAGAGACUCGAUCAGGGAGAGCAAAGUUCACGACUUCUUCCACAUCGAUCAGGAAACAAGUACUCUGCAGCUAAAGUCAAGAAGUGAAUGCAAGCGAUCAAACAUCAGGAACCAGAUAGAAAGAGGUCUUCUUUGUGGGAACAUCAAAUUGAAAUCCUUUGCGGAUACAAGAAACAGGGAGGCUCAUCUAGAUCUACAGCCUUUCGUUGCUAUGCUUAAUUACCAAGACCACCCAAUGCUUCGAUUGACGAACAAAGACUUGAGAUCAAUUAUGCUGGACAUAUACAACCUUGAUGUUGGACGAAAGUUCAAUCAUACCAUCAGCAAAGUCCAUUGGAAACACUUCUAUCAUCAAAACAUGCACCACUCUGUGAGAAAUGUCUGGUAUAGAAUGAUCCAUAAGCAAUGCCCAACUGCCCCCCACAAAAACGACAUUUGGUCCAACAUCUUUGAACAAUUCCUGGGAUAUCCCAAAGCUGCUAAUCCACAGCAAGUAUACCAAUCCGUAGUCAAUUUGAACCUGAAGCAAUACUUCAUCUACAACUUAGACAUCAAGAUUACAAUCUUCGACCUGUUUGCUGCCACCAUUCGUAUGAUAUGGAGAUUCCACCUCCUACUAACAUUCGAAGGAGUGCCUUUUGAUACCAACAAUGUCACCAACAAAAUCCGUGCUGAAGUGAUGAGAUUGUCAGAUCUCAAGCAUUAA